AUGGAUCCAUCUGCCGCAGCUCGGAGGAGAAAGCGUCGACGAGUUGCCGAAGAGAAUCGAAAACGAGCUGCUCGAGCAGAAAAAUCUCCUUUGGAUGAGGAUUUCCAAAUUUUGCAUUCUCACUCGAAUGCAGCAGAGGUCUUAUCUAGCCAUGACAGGGACAGCCCUCGGGAUAACAUCCCUGCUGAAACUCAUGAGCUGUUAUCACCAGAGUCUGCAUUGUCGCAGGGCCUCAUUAAGCAUGUCGUUGCUGAUAACUCAAAACGAGUUCAGUGGCCCAAUAUUCUUUCACGGCUUCGCGAAGCAUUCUCCUUGGACCCGCAACCAGCCCCAGAAGAACGCGACAUGGUCGCGAUGCAAGCACGUAUGAUUAAGCCCAAGGCAUUGCAUCCUUACGAGUUGACUAGGGUUCGUGCUGCAAUAGACGCAUUUCCUCCACGCCCUGUCUCCGACUUCCUUCUGUCCGUAUUCACAAAGCACGCGACAGACACGUUCUUCUACUUUGAUCAAGCUCAAUUAACAAGUGAAAUUGAUGAAUUCUUCACGAGCCCGUCUUCGAGCUUAAGAUCCGAUCCAAGCUUUAUUUGCCUAGCAAUGGCCACCUUCGCUCUCGCUAGCCAGUGGACAACGCUGGAACGACCGGAAGGAUCCGAUGUUAUCCGCAAUCGGGAAAGCUCUGAUCUUGGAAGAUUGUUCUACUACCAUGCCAAGGCCCUCAUGCCUGACAUACUAGAUAGAUCAUGCUUGCGAUCUAUCCAGGCACCAUUCGUCCUCGGCGUAUAUCUCAUGCCGGCAAAUGCGAUCGGCUCAUCUUAUGUGUAUAUGGGUAUUGCUCUGCGAAAAGCACUAACUUUUGAUCUCCAUCUGAACCUGGAGGAUCAAGGAAUAGAUGAGCGAGAAAAGGAGGUCCGGCGUCGUCUUUGGUGGUCAAUCUAUUCCCUCGAACGUCGAUUGAUCAAGAUACUUGAUCAAAUUGCUGAUCUUGGAGAUGGUCAAAUGAACCCAGAGCAGCUUUCCCAUUGUUCCAAGUGGGAGGCGGAUCUCAAAGAGUGGAAGAGAUCUUUGCCUCAGAAUUUCAAGCUGGAUCGUAUCGAUCCAAGAGCACCAAGCUAUCGCACAGUGUUCCACCUCUACCUGAAUUACUAUUAUUCAUGGAUUACCAUGGGCAAGGUCUCACUUGUGACUGUGGCACGGGCCAGGCUUCGGCAGCAUCUCCUUCCCGAGCGCCAUGCACCCCAAGUUUGUGACAUCAUGAAGAGACUUUCCGAUUCCUGCACAAAAGCAGCCAGAAAACUUCUACAACUAUUCGAAAAUUUGACCAAUACCCAAAACAUGACACGUUUCUCUUUCACCGACUUCCAAGGUUGCAGUAUCGCAACUAUAGUGACUCUAGUUGCUGGGAUCUUAGAUCGUGACUCAGGAUACGAAGCUCGAGUAGCAUUCGGCCUGGAUUGUCUUCGAAAAAUGGCCGCAGGGAAUAUGACUGCUCAAAUGGGUGUCAGGUUUGUCGAAGCUGUGCGCUCCAUUACGAAUGAAGCUGCGGAGAAACUUCAUUGCGCCAGCUCCAACGAGAAAAGGCAUGAGGAGGAUGUGGACCCCAACUCAACCUCUGCUUACAACCUAUGGGCUGAGUGGCUCACUGUACAGGAGCAAGAGGAUGCAUCUUGCCGCACUCUGAAUGAACCGGGGCAAUUGCACGCAUGGUCAAUGUCUCAGUCUGCUUCUGGACCAUUACCACCUUGGCAAGCUAUCGAUGAUGAAAUUUUUGACAGUGCAGCUUCGCCACUGCGGCGCCCUAGCAGGGAGGCAAUAGACCAUCAAUGGUUAGAAGCCACGGACCAGUAUUUAUUCUCAGGGCUCCAGGGAGAUGAACAGACUUUAUUGAUGGGUCUUACCGGGUUGGAUGCUCUAGACUUUUCAGGACUGACAGAUCAAUUGUAA